UUUAUAGACCGGCAACACAUGUUGAAUAACCAGUUGUCUACAAUCUACGAACUUCAUUCAGUACUUGUGCGUCCGCGCAUUGUUCUAGACGUUUUUGUGUUAUAAACAAACACACUUUCACAAUGUUUUCAAAACGCUCUGUGUUAUUGCAACUUACUGUGAUUUUGUGUAUUAUUAGUGUACAAAAUGUGACAUCCAAGAGAUUCGGUGGUGGAAGCAGACAUUCGUAUCCAAAGUCCGGAGGACUUUCUGGUCACGGCGGAUUGUCAGGGUCGGGCGGACACGGAUAUCCAUCUUCUGGCGGCCUAUCUGGUCAUGGCAAUACUGGAAGUAGUCACGGCUACCCAUCUUCUGGCGGCUUGUCUGGUCAUGGCAACACAGGAGGUAGUCACGGCUACCCGUCUUCAGGAGGCAUGUCUGGUCAUGGCAAUACAGGGAGUAGUAGCCACGGUUACCCGUCUUCAGGAGGACAGAGCUAUCCAAAAACGACCCAUACCACGAUACACAACCAUUAUCACUACAGUCCCCCGCAACAAAUAAGAUACAAUCCGCCCCACGGCCCACCAAUGGUCUACCCAGUUUACCACGGAACCCCUCCGACCUACGUUUACCAGGCGCAAAACUCUGGAAGCAAAUACGGAACGCUUUUAGCCGGAUUAGCGCUUUUGAAUCUCGGCGCGCUGGCUGGAACGGCUUACGCGCAUAGCCACUCCACCUACAAGCCGAAACCGGGCGAAAUUUGCAAGUUCGGCGUGAAGAGAGACAACGGGGAUUAUGAAGAAACUAAAAUCGAUUGUCAGUUGAUCACCCAUUUCAUUUUCGAAGCGGAAACGAAGAACGCCGCCAGCAACACGACGACCGUAACGACGACGGUCACGAACACAACGGUUGUGAAUACAACCAAUGGAGUCGAGCCGCCCGCAGUGGCAACAACUACAAUCGCACCAGGACCUGUGAUAUACGCUAUGCUUCCAAACGGUACUUUAGUUCCGCUGAACGCUACAAACAAUGCAACCGAUAACGCAAAUGCAAAUGCGAAUGCGACUGCAAAUGCGAACGCCACUGCAAACGUGAACACCAUAUCGACCGUGACAACAACAGUGUCCAACACGACAGUCGUCAACGCCUUAGACGUGAAGGGUAAACCAGUGGACGUGACUCCCGGGAUGCAGUGUUACAUCAUCAGGAUCACACAAACUUCGAAUAUGAGGAAGGCCAUACCCUGCGGAGUGCUGCAAAAUUACGCAGUGCAAUCAUUAAAAAAGAAUUCGUCGGGUAAAAACAUGUUAUCCAUUGGAAUGUUGGCAGUUGUUAUGGUCGGAAUGAUAAUGUAAUAUUAUGUGAAUGAAAUCUUUAUGCGUAGGUAUCUUUCAUAUGUCAUCAAACAAAAAAGUUUUUUCAAAAGAAACUUCCAGAAUGCACUAUUAAGCUCGAUCGGUAAAAUAGAAGUUUUUAUUUCGUGGAUAUUGUCUAUCGAAAGUAGCAUCUAAUUUAAACUUUAUGGUCGUAACCCUUGAACCAAAAUGAAUUUAAAAAAAUAUCCUAAUUUUUAUUAUUUGAAUACGACAAGAGUGCAUAGAAUCUAAAUGCGGUGAGUGUAAUUUUUUUCUAAACAAAUAUUCGUCUAAUUGUGAACACUCAUAAAAAUAGCAGCUCCCAUUAAACUUUGCAAGCGUUUGAAGCUGUUGUUAAUUUAAGUGUAGGUAGUAUAAAAACCAACAGAACGUGUUCUGACUUCGUCAAACAAUGAAACCGAGUUUAAAAAAAUAUGAAUUCAAAAACACCAACAAAAACUAGCCAGGUUUUUGCAAAAUCUGUUUUUUAAACGAUGGAUUGUGAAUGAUGCAAUUCAAAUAUGGCGGAGAAAUAGUCUCACUGUGGUUCAAUAUUAGUGUGUAUUUAAAAAAUAAAAAAUAUGAAGAUCAUCUUUUCCUUAUGGUUAUUUUUAAGACGAGCAGCUAGUUAUGAAGAAUUUUAAUGUUGUCAAAAACGACAAAAAAUCCGCCAUGUCUGAUUUCGACGGUAAAAUCAGGGUUUUUUGAACCACCCUUGUUUAUAAUGAUAAUUAUACAUAUUUAGUAUUUGAAAAAUAACCUAUAUUCGUGUCUGGAUUUUUUCCAAUACUAAUAUAAUGCGUUUAGAUUAUAGCAGAUACUUUAAUUACCAUUCUUCAUACCUACAUAAUUAUACUUAUAAUUUUGUUAGUUAGUAGUUAAUUGUACUUAUUUAAUCGAGCAGCAUAUUUCAUAGGAUUUGUUAAAACAAAUUUUAAUAUUAAAAUCCAUAAAUAGAUUUGUAUUACUUGAACCCUGGAAAAUAUUUUAUUAAUAAAUUUAAAUUGCACUUGUUACAAAAA